AUGAUAUUUUUAAAGGUCCUCUUAAUGAGUAUGGGGAUUUUAAGAAAUAAUAUGGCCCAGCAAGUAUAUAAGAUAAGAACUCAAUAUCCGCUUUUUAUUUCAAAUUGUUCUGAGCAACAAGUUGAUAGUUUAUUACUUUGUGCUGCGUUUGGUCAAUUUACCAAGGAUGCCACAUUUUUCUUCCACACAGGCUUUUAUCACUGUCGCUGGAAUUGUACCUUUAUUUUCAAUUCUAGUGUGUCUGAUGGAAAUUAUGAAUGGCGAAAAUACGAGUUGGAAUGGACAAAAAAUGCAGCAUUUCAAAAAGCGCCUAAUGUCUCCUCCGUUUUAGCAAAUUCCUACGAAUUAUGGUCUCCACACUUUGCUACAGAUGGAUUGUUUCAAAGUGGAGGUAUCAGUAUAUUUCAUUCAGCAAAGGAAAAUUCUCCAUGGAUCAAGGUUGAUUUGCUAGAAUCAUUGACAGUUUUCUUUCUACGUGUAUUCAUGAGAAUGGACAGUGUAGGUAAAAGAUUCCAUGACGUUGCUGUGGAAGUGGCAAACAGUAGCAACUACGAACAGCGCGGAUUUUACAAAGGACCAGCGAUGACCAGUGAGGUAGUGGAGAUCCUUUGUGAAUACCCGACUAUCGCUCGUUAUGUUCGACUGAGAAUCAUCAAAGGGACUGACAAUUAUUUCAAUAUUGCAGAACUUGAAAUAUACACAAAUUAAGUUAUAUAUACUGUAUACAUGGAAGUAUU